AUGUCUUCAUCGAAAAGAUUCGAAUGUGAAAUACGUGAAAAACAAUUGGGUGAAAAUGAUGAUACACUGACUACUGAUUGUCGUCAUAUAUAUCAUCGUCAUUGUGCUCAGAAACGGCUUGAUGAGAUGCAGCGAAGCGAUUGUCGUAAAUGCAGCAAAGAAUCUGCUGUAGGUGACGCACUUCCACGAGCCAAGAAAGAGUGCAACAUAUGCGAGAAAAUUAUAAACGAUGAUGAUGAUGCUUUGGUGACUACUGAUUGUCAGCAUACAUUUCAUAUUCAUUGUGCCCAAAAGCGAUUAGAUGAGCUACAGCGAAGUGAGUGUCGUAGAUGCGGUAAAAAAUCGGCUUUGGGAGACGCACCCGAACAACUUAAUGCAAUAUUAGAAGGUGAAUGUAAAAUUUGUGAAAAACAAUUAGGCAGAAAAGAUGGCACGCUGACUACUGAUUGUCAACAUAUAUUUCAUAUGAUUUGUGCCCAAAACCGACUAGAUGACGUCAAGAAAAGUGAUUGUCGUGGAUGCGGUAAAGAAUCAGCUAUUAGCAAUGCACUUAAACGAUAUCAAGUAACUUCAAGAAAACUCACAGAACGAGUUUCUAAUCCAACUGAAACAAAAGAAAAGGUAAGUUACUUUUCUGAAAUGAUAAACAAGAAAACUAACAGUUGAUAUUUGAUAAAGAAAAACAAACUACUCUCCGUUUCAAAAUGGUUGGCACUCGGUUGCUUUUUGCUGCCUUGCCAAUCAUGUGGAAGACCACGAUGUGGCCCUCUCACAAAGUCAGCAAUGGUAGCACAGGAACCUGAUACAGAUCAAACAUCUAGCAAUAAUUCUUAUAAAUCGAGAGCAUUAGGUAAUAGUUUAAAAAUGUCAUUUCGCUCAUUGAGCAGUUCUGUUCUGAGAAAAGACUUUUCAUACAAAUGUAUGUUGGAAGAAAAUGCAAUUUCAAUGAUUAAUUAAAAAUCCUUUUAGCAUAAUUUUUCCAAAAUAGAUCUAAAAAGAACCGUUAAUAACUAAUUUUUCGUCUGUUAAUAUGUAUGUUCUCAAGAUGAAUAUAGAUAAUUCCCAAUUAUUAGUGUUAAACUCCAAUGACGUACGAAACUGAUGUGAAGAUUUGUUUCAGUUUUAUCUAACUAAGAACUCAUAAGAGACGGCACAGUAAUCAUUAGUUUAUAGAUUAUAUGCGUUUUAACAAGUGUAUAUCAUUCGAUUUUGCAUUAAGUUGUAGUUACAAAUAUUUAAUGUUUUUCUUCAUAAUUAUUUGUCUGAUCAACAUUAAAAUCGAAAAUAUUUUUAACAAUGUAGCUUUAAAUGUAAUUAUUCAAAUACUUUAAAAUCCUCUAUAGAAUUUACGGUCGAUAUUAGUUUUUAUUUAAAAAAGAUUAGAAUUAGUGCAUAGUUAAUCACAUUUCUUGCUCACAAGAAGGGAGAUCAAAUGAUUGAUAUGCAAAAUUCAGGAAAAACUUUAAUAAAAAAAGAACUUUUAUUAAUCAAAAUAUAGUUUGAAUUAUGCAUAAAAAAAAUAAAAUUAUUGCAAUAUUUUUAUGUAUCUUGAUGGAUCCGACCUCGAUUUCGUUUUGCUUAUGACAAUUAAGAUUCUUUCUUCAAAAUUCUUUUUUAAAGCGUAACUUAUUAUCGUUUGAAUUUUUUUAGAAUACACCAGUGGUCCUCCGACAACUUCUACGUUUGUUUCACCAUCCUCGUUCAACAGCGAUUGUUAUUCAACUAGAUCGAGACAACGAGAAAGAUCAUCUUCUCUAUCUCUAUCUCGAUCACCUACAAAAUCGCCGGUCACUGUCUACAUUAAAGAUUUGCCAUUAAUCGAUCAGGAUGACUUCGGUUU